CGCCGGGACCGGGACCCAGAGCGAGCUCGAGAUGCCAGGACGGGCUGCUGAGGAGAAAGGCUCGGGGACGGGGCUCGGGACUGAGGGAACAUCGCGGUGUUCCGUGAGGGGGAGAUUGACCCUGAGCGGGUUCUGUGACCGCCGGACCCGAGUGGGGCUCCCCGCGGAGAGAAUCGGGCACGGGAGGGUCGGUGCCGUGCACUUUGGACGUGAGCCUUUCCUACCAAUAAUUCACACAUUUCUGUAUUUUCUGCGUGAGGAGUGACUCGGUCUCCUAGUGACAGCCGGCCUGGCCCGACGCGGGCUGGCGGCAGCGCUGGAAUCAGGCCGGGAAUGGCAAUGAGCUCGUACCUGCCUGCAGAACGCGCUACAGGCACGGGCAGCCAUCCAAGAAAUGCUGGCUUAAAUUCCGAGUGAAUAAGGAUGUCAAUUGUCACGGUGCAGCUUGGGCAGUGUGGGAACCAGAUUGGGCACGAGCUGUUCAGUGCUCUCUGCAGUGACAUCCGUGGCACCCACGGGCUCUGUUCCAAGAAGGAGAAUGAAUCCUACCAGGAUUGCUGCAAGGAACGCUUCUUCAGUGAGGAGGAAUCUGGAGUUCCUGUUGCCCGGGCCGUGCUCGUUGACAUGGAGCCCAAGGUGAUCAGCCAGACCUUAGCCACGGCUGCCAGCUCUGGCCACUGGAAGUACAGCAGCCACUCACACUUCUGCCAGAAGCAGGGAUCUGGGAACAACUGGGCCAACGGUUACUCCGUUCACGGCCCCAGACACAAAGAAGCCAUCAUGGAGCUGGUGCAGAGAGAAGCAGAGAAGUGCGACCGGCUCGGGGGGUUUUUCACAGUCAUGAGCGUGGCCGGGGGCACGGGCUCAGGCCUGGGAGCGUUUGUGACCCAGAGCCUCAGAGAUGCUUUUCCAACCUCCUUCCUGCUCAACCACGUCAUCUGGCCCUAUGGCACUGGGGAGGUCAUUGUUCAAAACUACAACUCUGUUCUGACUCUGUCACAUCUGUACCACUCAGCAGAUGCCCUUCUUGUCCACGAGAACGAUGCCAUCCACAAGAUCUGUGCCCAGCUGAUGAACAUCAAACAGAUUUCCUUCAGGGAUGUCAACCAAGUCAUUGCUCACCAGCUGGGCAGCGUCUUCCAGCCCACUCACACUGCAGGAGGGGGCCCAGGCUACAGCAGGAACCCCUUAGGAGAUCUGCUGGAGCCGCUGGUGCCCCAUCCCGAGUUCAGGAUGCUGGGGCUGCGCAACGUCCCCCAGAUGCCCGAGAGCUCCCUGCCCUACAGCGCCUUCAGCUGGCCCGGCCUCCUCAAACACCUCAGGCAGAUCCUCAUUGCUAAUGCUCACAUGGAGGAGGGUAUUGAUUGGCAGGUACGACCCCCACAGCCAGGCUCCUCCACCUCCACAAACAAACCCCUGCACUUCAACACUUCCAUUGCCAACCUGGUUAUCCUGAGAGGAAAAGAUGUGCACAGCGUGGAUGUGGGAAGUUUCCAAGAUCCCUCCUUGUACACGUCGUGGCUAAACCCUCAGGAUGCUUUUAAUGCAUGGAAAACACCCAGAGCAUUUAACAAGUAUGAGAAGUCUGCUGCUCUGGUCAGCAACAGCCAGUUCCUGCUGAAACCUCUUGACAGAAUCGUAGCAAAAGCUUGGAAUAUGUUUGCUUCCAAAGCUUACCUUCACCAGUACACCAAGUUUGGAAUCCAAGAGGAAGAUUUCCUGGACUGCUUCACAACCCUGGAACAAGUUAUCUCCAGUUACACCAAUCUGUGAUUGAUUUCUUUGUUAAAAUGGCCUGAAAUAGAGAUUUUCCACACUGGAAAUCCUUCCAUCAACUCCCUGAAGUAUGUAAAUUAUUGUACUGGAGUUAUUUCUCAGUCUUUAGGAGCAGAGUGUCUGGGUGUGUUUGAAUAGCAAGAACUAAAUCUGAACUGAAUAUAUUCAUAUUUUCAUGUUAUUCUUAUUUAAUAUAUCUAAUAAAUAACUAUUUUUCAAUACAUUUGCUGUAUCCUUUUCUGACAUUUCACUAAGCAAAACUACAACUCCUGUUUUUCUCCAAAUUAUAAGUUAAUUAACUUGUUAAUUAUUUAAACAUAUAUGCAAUGAGGAUGGGUGGUAGACUGCAGAUGUAAGAACUUAUCAUUUGAUAUAAUAAGUACAAUACAUUUUAUAAUUUCCUAUAAUUAAGUCAAUUUAAGGACUUGGCUCUUUUUUGCACGAAUUUUACCACGACCACAAGGUGGUGCCCUGGGCAGCUGAAGCUCCCUCCUGGCAGGAGGAGGGAUUGAAGGACUUGGGAAAGCUCCCACUAAAUUAAAAUAAAAUAAAAGAGUACAGUAAAAUUAAAGAUGACCUUGUGACACUGAGCUCUCUUCUGCCACCUUUAGCUUUUCAUUACUGGCAGGGAGAGCUUUGGGAAUUCUUGCAUUCCCCCCCUAUGUCACACUGUUCUCCCACAGAAAUAAUCCCACAGGCCAAAAAUUAAGAGUUAAAUCAGUGUCAAGGACAAAUUUCACAGUGCUCCCUUAGGUUUUAGUGCAUUUCAUUCAAAAGGUGGCAGCUCAGAGCUGGGGCUGCUCUGCUCAGAAGGGAUUUUCUGCUGUGUCUCUGCCACUUUGAACCAUUGUCCAAUUUGGGUAUUUUCACAGCAAAAGCUGCAGGAAGGAUUGCACAAGGAGUUCAGACAAACAGCACAGGCACUUCCAGGAACAAAGGGUCAGGAAAGGAGACCACGGUGAGCUUCUCCCUCCUCCAACAGGCACAGCAUGUUCAGCAACACAGAAAUAAAUCCCCCGGUGUUCUCAACAGAUCCCAAACAGAACUUCCAGUGUCAGGAAUGAGAAUAGGAAACUCCAUGGAAAAAUGGCCAUGUCCCAGGAGUUCUUUUCCUUCUCACUUCACCAGGUAAAAGAGUUUUUCAAAAGGCUAAGGACAGGUAAGAAAAAACAAGGAAGAGAGCAAUGGGUCAUUGCAGUGCUGGAGCAAUAACUGACUUUAUUGCAGAAAUAACCUCGUGUUAUCUCUCUGUAUUCAAUUGUGAGAAAAUGAAGCAAACACAGCAGGUGCUUAGUGCACCUAUGAAUGAUACAGACCCAUAAUUAUUAUUUAUUUAUGGCACUUCAGGCUAAUGGAGCAGGAUAUUUGGUCUUUUUUGUUUGUUUGAUGGCAGAAUUUGUGCCACGUCAGGAAACACAGCACAAAGGUAAGAAGUCUAACCCCAAAGCAAAAAUUAGAAUUUUAGCUGUUAUAAUCCCUUCCUGCUCUGGAGCAGGGGCUGACAGGAAUUGUUUUAGGCAUCUCUGAGCUUCUUCCUGUGAAUGUUUUUCAGUCCUGAAAUUCUCACACCCUUUCCCAAACUGAGCCUUCAUUUUUUUGAUCUAUGAUGGGAUUCCUUUAUUUUUUCCCCAGGAUGUGGAGAGGGUCAAAGCAACAGGAAGUGAACAGCCAUUAUCAAAUAGUCAUCACCUCCAAUUACAUUAAAAUGUGGAGGAGUAAUUCUCUAUGAAAUCGAUAAAAUUAAUUAUGUAAAUAGAGCCUGGAGGAAGGGUUUCAUUUCAUUAACAAUUGCAAUUAAAGAGGUAGAUCAAGGGUCAGCACAAGCCAAUGGCUCAGGGACAGGAACAGCAGAAUGAGUGGCCUUGACCUUGCCUGUUGUAGGCAGAGUCCCCACAGGAUGUCCCCAAGCCCAGAACAAUGCUCCAAAUCUCACCAUUGUUUGUUGGAAUGGACAGGUGCAGCUCAACAACUCCAACUACAGCAGACAUUUCAUGAGUAGGAGAAUAUUUACUUGACCACAAAAAAAACCCAAAACAAACCCUACCCCCCCAAAAAACUCACAAAGCAAAAUAAAUAAACCCACCAACAUAAAAAAUAACCUGUAAUAACCUAAAAUGUUUUAAACACAGUGAGUGUUUGGCUAUGUAGUUACAGAUACAAUUUAUUUAUUUGGGCAUAAAUAGAUAGUGGUGUUUUUAAGGCUGGACUGAGCACAGGAAGGAUGGAAAUAUGUAACAGAAAAAAUCUGUGGUUCCCACAACAACCAUGAUUUAAUACAUGAAAAGAGGAAAUUAUAUUCAAAUUACCAGUUCAAACACUACUGAGAAACACUAAGGUACAAAAGGGCUUUGAAUUAAUAAUUCAUUUCUUUCUGCCUUUGCUAAUAAAUUUAGUAUGGAUAAAUAUUAUUAAAUGAGAGCCCAAACAUCCAGAAGGAAGCAGGACUGAGUGUACUUGAGAGAAAUCUGCUUUUUGCUGGACACCACUUUAAAACCUGCACGAGAGGAAUCAGGAAAGUGAUUCACGGGUCCGAUAUAGCACAAAAAAACUUCCAAAAGGAACUGAGCUGCUGCCCUCCCUCAAGGGCAGCGCAGACAGAGCUUUUCCGAGGCAGCGAAUUCCCCCGGAGCUUCCUGCUCCAGCCUCUGCCCACGCUGCAGAGGCACAGCCCGGACACUCCGCGGCUUUGAAGGGCCUGGAAAUGGAGCUGAUAAUCCUGAGCCUGAUCCACGGAGCCUUUCCGGCUCUUUCAGCCCAGCCGGGGCUCACAAUGGUCCCUCCCGCGCCCGCAUUGUGCGAAUCCCGUCCCGCAGGCAGAGCCGCUUCCCCUGCCCGCCCGGGGCAGGGCUCGGCCCCGUUAACCCUUCCCAGGAGUGCAACAAAUUCCUGCAGCCACAGGGAACGGCUGGAAACGGCCCCGGAGAAGAGAUUGGAGAAGCUGCUUGUUAGGAAAUAAAGGCAAUUUUUAGAGUAAAGGUGCUCCAUGAUAAAGAUCAUGGAAGAAAUGUAAAUUUUGACCCCAUGUUCAUACAAGCCUGAGAGGUAUCAAACCGUGACUCCUGAGAGUCACACUUACCUGUGUGAAUUAGGUGCCAGAAACCUUCUUGUCUUAAAACCAAACUUAAAAAUCCCAAAUGUUACACUAUAAUAGAAUAAUUAGUAAACUCAUGGUGUUUUCUAGGCCAAAAUUCCUAUUUUAAAAGUAAAAGCACUAAGUGGAGAAAUUAAAAUAAGCCACUGGUUAAACAAACAAACAAAAAAAGACAGACAACCAUUGCUUGAGCUUUUGUUUCACUGAUUGUAUGUGAGGACAGACGAGCCCCGUGUUGGAUUUGCACUGAAAUGGGUACAAAAAUGAUUAUUGUACAUAUUUGGUUACAUGGCCAAUGUCAUGUUUAUUUAAGGCUCACAAAAAUCCACUUGAGUUGCCUGAGAGUGGUGUAGCUGUGGGCAGAUGGCAGGACUGGAUCUGAACUGGUGCCCAGCAGUGUCCAGGAUGGGCUGGAUCAUUCAGAGCAGAGCCCACGGAGCCAGAUGGAAACGGCCUCAUCCCACAGGCUGAAGGAAUCAAACCCUGCCUGGCCUGGCUGGGGAGAGGAGCUGUGGCUGCUCCUGGAACCUCCUCAGUGAGGGUGGUGAGAGCUGGGCACCAACUCAGAGCUCUGCUUUCCACAUGGCCUGGAACGAUCCUCACUUCCAGGAUCCAUCUUUCCAUGGAAGCGCCUGCUGCUGGCCUGGCCUGUCCUUCUGCCACUUGCAAAGAAAACGCUGGGAAGUUUCCUCCCCACCCACUCUGGGCAACUCCAGCCUGUGUUAGCUGUGUUUGUCAGCAAUUGUGUUUAUGGAGUGAUUCGAAGUUGUGAACCUUUCCUUUAUAGGCUGAAUUUUGGUGAAGGAACCAAAUGCAACUGAUAAAACAGUCAAAAUCAUACAUUUGGCAAUGAAAGACCAAAAAUCCACUUAAAUACUCUGCUCACAAGGAGAAAGCUUCCAUUCCCCCCCAGCUCAGUGUGUCACGGUAUUUUCCUCUUAUCAAGAUUUAGUCAGGCCUCCCCUCAAACCCAGCAUUUGCACACAAAAACCAGACACAAACCUGACGUGUGCUGUGAAAGGAGAGCUCACCCUUCAGAGACACGAGGAAGGAAACCUCAGCACGUGGGGUCCUGUGCAAGCUGAACAAAACUGCAGGAACAGACUUGAACUUGGCCAAAAAUGGCUCCACAUGGAGGGCAGGGAGGGCUCCAAGCCCGAGGGAGGGGACAGCAGUGACAGUUUCAAGCAAGGGCUCUCAGGCUCUGCCAAACAACAUUUCAACCGCUCCUUCUCCACUGAACCGGAUCAGUCACAACUGGAAUGUGUUGGAGAUUGCCUCACUUCCCCCACACACACCUGGCUGCUCUGGGGUUUGCCACACACAGAAGUGGGAGACACACUUUGGACAGAAGUUAAAGGAGGCAACAGAAUUAAAAUCACCACUCGCAGCAGCAAAAUCUUGCUUUGAAAAUGUUUUUGGCAUCCAUAAAUUCCGGCUUCAGGCAUCUUAGAAGUUUCUUCCUUGCUGCUCCCCACCUCGAGCCUUACACAACACCCAGGAAUGCACUGCCGGUGUCACAAGAGGUCAGCUGGGCUGAGGAGAGACCUACAGAUCCAGGAAUCCGAGAAAUGAAAUGUGUUGUUAUGAAAAUAUCCUAAAUAUUAAGAGCUCUCCAGAAAACAGCUGCAGCAAACCAGGCACCGAGAGCGGUGAGGUUUCCGACCAGCCCAGAGAGGUUUUGUGACCAUGGUGAGAUGUUGUAAAUCUGAAUGUGUGUUUUCUCUCUGAGACAAAGAAAUGCUGAGCGCAGGAAAUCUGUGUUUUCCCAUCAAAGGAUGGAAAAAUCCUAAUAAACUUUCUGAGGAAAGCCACAGUCCCUCAAAGGUAUUGAUGUUUUAAUCAGCAGCAGCUCCUGCAAGAGAACUGCCAGGUUCUUUCCUGACACAAGCAGAGGCACCACAAGCUCAUUUCCCGUGGGUUCCAGAAGCUUUGGGAAAUGCGCUGGCUCUCCUAAGGAUUCCUUACAGGCGAUACCGGAGUCACCAGCGGGGUGUGGCUGUUACCAGCGCAGGAACAACACCCCGAGCUGACCCCUCCUCCUCCCCGGGUUCCUCAGGGCCAUGCCCGGGCAGCCCCGGGGAGCUGCUGGAACACCCCAGCAAUGCCCCGGGAGCGACGGCCCUGCAGCACGGGAGGUGCCACAAAGCUCCUCAAACGAGCUCCAGAGAAAGGUGACCUUUGGUUUAACGCUAAUGGAGUCCCCGCUCUUUGACUCGUUCCGGGGAUGAUAAUAAUAAUAAAUUAAUAAAACCUCCUCAGCACAACAAAGGGCAGUGCCAAAGCAAACUAAACCCAGGCUGGGCCCAUCCCACAGGUUCACAUCUACACCUCGACACCACCAGCAGUGAAUGGGCUGAGUGGCCUAAACAGCCUCUUCACUCACAGUAAUCACCUUUUUUGACCAAAAUACCAGGUUUUUUUCCUGAAUUCUUAACACAUUUCAAGCAGUCGCUGAUUGCAGGCCUUUUCCCAUUUUCUGGGAGAUGACAUAGCAGCGGAGAGUUUGUUUGAGCUCCUUCCCCUUGUGUGACAACUGACCCGGGUUAUUCAGCCUCUCCCUCUGCCAGAACAACGUUCUGCUGCCUUUCAUGAAGUGGAUGCAUCAACAAACAAUGAAAUGUGUGAAGAAAUUCAUGCCAGUGCUUCAUGCCCUCCAUUAGGCACUUGAAUUAGCAGUCACAGCGGGCUCAGAGAGCUUUUCAGCAUCGUCCUUCUCAAAAUGACUCUGCAAGAGCGAAUGCAGAUUUUCCCCUCGUGUCUGAACACACCCGAGGUUUCACAGGGACAGGGAUUGCUCCAGUCCCCUCUGCCAGGGAUCAGCACGGACCCCUCACCUGCCCAGCACGAUCCCCUCCACUCCCACACUCCAGCAGCUGCUGCAGUCUGGAGAGAGCUGGGUGAAGUUCUUGCUGUUUUCUUACUGCUGUUUCAUCUUCUCAAAAAAACCCCCAACCAACUCUACAGCAAAAAAGUGCAGAACUUUAAAUCUCACAAGAGUAAUUCUGAUUACCUUAUCUAUAUCUACACUCAGCCUUUUAACUGCUGAUUACAAAGUAUCUUUUAUUUUUCUGUUUUAAAGAAGACGGAUUAUUUUCACCUCCAAAGAACACACCCAACCCCCACAGAAUUUUCUUUUCACCUGCCAUCAGUUUUGUUCACUAAUAUUUAUAUUUCUGCUUGAUAAUCAGGGAAACAUCCAGAGGGUUUUGCCUGCACUUAGCAGUGCCUGCAGCGAGAGGGAGGCUGAUUCUAACAAAUGAAAUAAUGAAGCCCCAAGGCACAGCAGGGAAGGACUUUCUGGAACAGCACCAAGCCACUGUCAAGUGUUAGUGACAAGUGUCCUUUAGCAGGAACAGGCAGCUGGGGGAGUUGUGGGGGAGCUGCUGGAACAGAGACACAGCGUGAGGCUGGCACGGAGGGGAGGAAGCCCAGGACAGGGGGCAGCAGCUUUCCUUCCCCCUCUGAUGGAUGAGCUGGAACUGGGCAGUUUGACCUGACCUGGCUCGCUGUGACCUGAGCUCUGCUGACACCAACAAUUCCAGGCCGCUGGGGCACGGGGUGCUGCCAGCAGAGGGGCACUGCCACCUCCCAGUGCCCUCAGAGAACCAGAGGAGGAGGAGCUGCAGCCCUACAUCACCUUGUUUCACAAAUAAGAGACUAAAAAACAAAAUCUGUCACAUUAAAGUCAUCAGUUGUUCCUACAGGACUGAUAGUUCUGUGUGAUUUUCAGUCAUUCCCAGAAAAAGAAAGCAAGAUACUUUAUUUAGUGUCUAACCACAAGAAACAGGAGUUAGGGAUCCCUAAAAAUAACGAUUUGUGCCAAGAUUGUUACUCUUGCAAGAGCUCCCUUUGGAUUUGUCCUAACACACAGAACUGACUGACUGCUUCCAAUGUGUAAUGAAGAUAUGGGCAACAAUAGGAAACUUUGGGUUAAAGGAACAAAAUCCACGUUUUCAGGUCAAUGCUAAAGGCUGAAUCUUUCUCUGAAGGCACAAAAUGCAACUGCUGAAUUAUCUUCUGUGCUCACACCGGAGAAUGUCUGGGACAGUAAAUGUCACAGUGUUACCAAGAGAGUUCAAUACGGAGAAUGGAAACAAUCCAGCUGAAAUAAACACUGGGAAACGUUAUUUCUUUGUUUAUUUAAGCAAACAUAAGACUAUCCAUUGCAAAUCUCAUCAGGUUUGUGUCACUUUUGUUUCUGUUAUUAGGGUUUUUUUACCUUUUACCAAGUCUUAUCUCCCAGGCAGAAUGAUCACUUUCUUCUUUAAAUAGUGUUAGAAAGCUUCAAAAUAACAGCAGAGCUAAUUGGAAUGGACACAUGGAAACACAAGAACAAUAUAUAUAUAUAUAUUUCACACUACAUAUAUGUAAACAUACUGAACCAAAAGUGGGAGAAAGCUUUCAGUUUUCCUUCUGGUUUUCCAGCAGGCAAGAGGCAGAAUUUUAAAGCAUUUAGAAAUGUGCAGUUUAUGGGCUCAAGCUUUAGGAAAAAGGGAUUUUUUCUCUUUUAGUUCUUGUUGCAGUGUCCUGAUUCCAACCUGAGGGACCCCAGGGACCCCAGCAUGGUAUCAAUGCUAUCCCCUCCAGAAGGGUGAGAGGUUAAUAAAUACCUGUGUCCCUCAGGUGACAGAUUUGGGGACAAGUGGGGAGAGCAGCCAAGGGCUGUCACUGACAGGGAAACUGAACUCUGAGGAGAUCCCUGACAAAGUGCAGCACUGAGGGGCUGCAGGCUGAAAAGCUGAAGUUCCAAACAGAGCUGUGGGGUUUGGGACUGUACCAGAACAAGUUCUUUGUGACAUUACUGUCAAAGGCCAUACUCAGGCCAAAAAAAUGGUAAGAUUUAGUAAAUACUGUUCACCUUUUAAAACCCCAGGAGCAGCUGAACCAUCUUGGAGCUUUAAACUCCCGAGCUGGGAUUUCAGACACUGAAGUGAAUCUGCUGGAGCAGCCCAUGCAGAUCCUCC